AUGGCUCCUCCAUCGCAAAACUCCAAACUCCCCUGGGGGAUGGGUCUUUUGACCACGUUCUGCAUCAUCCUUGCCUUUGUAUUUCAUAGUCGUUGGGAACGCCCCGUCUCGCAGUGGCCCAUGAACCUGCCGCUCCGUACCUACACCUUCGUCGAUCAUCCACACCUUCGCGACUUUGACAAUGCCGAAGCCGGCCAAUUUUGGGGAGCUAUGGUCUGGCAUGACUGGUGGGAUGCCGAAUGGCGCGACGACGCCGGCAGACGGUUCCCGCGAGGCAUUGAUGUCUUUCACAAGAUGCACUGCCUAAUCGCUAUUCGAGAGGAGUUUGCCAAUCUCGCCAUGGACGAUGCGAGACCGGCGAAAAGGCAAGUUGCAUCGGAGCCUCAAACAGGGAGCCACGAGAAAAGGGUAGUUGAUCUUACACUGAACCAAAAUCACCUGGAACACUGUUUCGACUUUUUGCGACAGGAUAUACUCUGUGCUGCCGACAUGACCUUGGAACCAUUAGCAGAGGGCUACGUGGAGACGGAUGGGCAGGGCGUAGAGCACCAGUGUAAAGAUUGGCGAGUGCUUCUGGACUUGAUGAAACUACCUGACAUGGACGAAAUUUGA